AUGAGAUCCCUGCCACUCUACCUCGUCGCCCUGUCGCGGACAAUCAGCGUUGGCAUUGCCACUGCAACACAGCAGCCGCUGUAUCUCUCUGCCUUCAAUGCUAUUCCUCGAGUCUCGUCCCUGUUCACCACGACAAAAAAUCAUGAUGAAGCUCGCAUGGAUGGUCGUAUCCAGGCAAAAGACUUGCUUAGCUCGCACUUCGGGCCCUACGGUUGGCCAGGGCAAUCAUUCGACUACGUGAUUGUUGGCGGGGGCACUGCUGGCUUAGCGAUGGCCAAGCGACUUUCCGAAGACAACGCCAACUCGGUGGCUGUGAUCGAAGCAGGCGGUUUCUACGAGAUUGAGGGGGGAAAUAUGACCGAGGUGCCCAUGUAUCUGUUCAACUACUUCUUCGAUAAUGGCCACGUGAAGAACCCCUUGUUUGACUGGUAUCAGUACACUGUGCCACAGCCAGGUCUCGCCAAAAGAGCCAUGUUUUACAUGCAGGGAAAGACACUAGGUGGCAGCACAGCCCGCGGCGCGAUGCUCUAUCACCGCGGCUCAAAAGGGGCCUAUAAGAAAUGGGCCGAGCAGGUCGGUGACGAUGCAUACACCUGGGACAACUGGCUGCCGUACUUCCAGAAAAGCGUAAAGUUUUCCGGCCCCAACACAAACCCAAGACCUGCCAAUGCCACUGCCGUCAACAACCUUUCUGCAUUCUCCGAGUCCGGCGGGCCAGUCCACGUCGCCUACCCCUACUGGACUAACGCCAUCUCAUCCUGGGUGGACAAGGCACUCGCCAAACUGGGCUUUCCCGAAGUGCAAGGCUUCUCCGACGGCAACCUGCUCGGCCGGUCCUACAUCACGCACACCAUCAACCCUUACACCCGGCGCCGCGAGACAGCAUCCACCUCCUACCUCCACGACGCCCUCCUCGAGAGCAACAACCUCAACUUUUACACUCGCACCCUUGUCAAGAAGAUCUUAUUCGACGACAAGAAAAAGGCAACCGGCGUCAAGGUGAGCACCGACGGCUUCGAGUGGACCAUUGGCGCCAAAAAAGAAGUCAUCCUCUCCGCCGGCGUGAUGCGCUCCCCCCAGCUCCUGAUGGUCUCGGGCAUCGGACCCCGGGACACCCUCGAGAAGCUCGACAUCCCCGUCCUCUCCGACCGCCCCGGCGUCGGCAAGAACAUGCAAGACACCAUCAUCCUCGGCCCGACCAGCCCGGUAAAAGUAGAAAGCCACAGCCAGCUGAUGGGCAGCAAGGAGACCCUCCCCCGGUCCAUCUACGAGUACAACAACUUCCGCACCGGGCUGCUGACCAACCCCGGGCAGGACUACUUUGCCUUUGAGAAGCACCAGCCCGGCAUGCUCAAGGACUCGACGGCGGCAGAUAUCGAAAAAGAAUUCCCUGAGGACUGGCCGACUUUUUCCUACAUUGCCUUGGACGACACGUUUGUCCCACAGUAUGAUGGGAAGAAUUACUUUAGCAUGUCGGCGGCGCUGAUGGCGACGUUCAGUCGGGGGUCGGUGACGAUUAACAGUACUGAUACGGCGCAGAAUCCGAUUGUUGAUCCCCGUUGGUUGGACGAUCCGAGGGAUAAGGAGAUGGCUGUUGCUGCGUUUCGCCGGUGCAGGGCUAUUGUGGCGUCGGAGACGAUGCAAGAGGUGAUUGAUGGGCCGGAGAUUCUGCCUGGGGAGAGGUAUCAGACUGAUGAGGAGAUUUACAAUUAUAUUGCUGAGACGUCGGAUGCGUAUUACGCUGGUGUGGGGACUUGCGCUAUGGGGAAGAGGGAUGAUCCGAAUGCGGUGGUGGACUCGAAUGCGAGGGUUUUGGGGGUGGAUGGUGUUCGGGUGGUGGAUGCGUCGGCGUUCCCGUUUGCGAUUGAUGGGCAGCCUAUGGGGACGGUGUACGCAUUGGCGGAGAAGAUUGCUGCUGAUAUUUUGGCUGGAAAGUGA